UCGUGGGUGGGCAGCAGCCGGGCUGGAUGAGCAGCCAAUGAGCUCGUCUGAUUAGAGGGGAAUCUUACCUCGUUACCUUUUCCGGCAAACCUCUGCUCCCGGGAGAUCCUGGGGGGCCACUCCUGAGCUGCUUUCAGGGUGACUGCCGGGUGGGGGGCCGAGCCAGGCACCCUAAGUCACUGGCUGGGCCUGGGCUUUAGGACGGGGGACUGAGUGGUGCCAAGUGGGGUUGGGAGGAGUGAGGUCAAGAGGAGGGGCUCGCCCUGGGCCAGAGUGGGGGGAGGCCAGAGUCCAGGCCCAGGUACCACUGGCUAAAAUCUGACCAGUCGGAAGCAUCUUUGGAUGAAAGGAGGUGUUGGCCCUUCACUGUGACUCAGAAGGCUCCAGAGUCUUCGUAAGCCCUCCACGUCUGAGGAAAGGAGAGGAGUUAACACUGGACUCCAUUUAAGAUGACAGACUUCCAAUUCCUGGUGUGAGGAGAGUAGGCGUUGCUGUCCUGAAAAACUCUUCCUGAGAGACGAGAGAGAUGGAAAGCUUAAAAUCCAAUACCAAGAAGAGGGUCCUUCCCUCAUGGAUGACCACCCAGGUGACCCAGAAGAGCAAAGGGUGGGCGACAACCCCCAAGAGGAGCAGAACCACAGCAGCUGCAGCAAAGGGUGACAUCAGACUUCCUGCUGCGAAGACUGUGUACUGCAUGAACGAGGCUGAGCUAGUAGACGUUGCUCUGGGGAUCCUGAUUGAGGGUCGAAAACAGGAAAAGCUCUUGGAGCAGCCGUUUCUGGCAGGUGCUGAUAGGCCGGAGCUGUCCCCCACCGGCUCAGGGUCACCGUCAGCAUCCUCAUCAGGGAGUUCUGGGGGAAGUGAGGACGAGGACAAUGGAGAGGACGCCCUUCCCCCAGGCGGCAGCCCUUCUCAGGGGCCUGGAGGGUCUGCCUCUGCCUGCCCCAGCAGCCCCGGGGAAGAUGAGGAUGUGCUAAAAUACGUCAGGGAGAUCUUUUUCAGCUAAGGGACAAGCUUCCAGGACUUUCUGCCAAGAGCAGCUGAAGAGAGACGGGCUUCCCUUCCCUGCCUGCGGACUGCACCCAGGAUGGGGGGUUCUGGUGGGCGACUGUGUGGAAGUGAGCAAUCAAAACAAGUUCCCAUUUGAAUUUUUCUCCACCCAGUGCCCUUUCCCAGGUCAAGGGGACUGUUUUAUUCAGUAAGAGCUUCUAUCAAGAGGCAGUCUCCAGCCCUCACACCCCCCCCCCCAAGCCUUGGGGGCAGCGUUCUGGGGCUCAACCCUCAGGGCACAGGUGGGAACCGGGCCUUCCCCUCCUGCUGCUACCUCCUUCUCCGGAUGGCCUUGGCCUUGGCCCUCAGGCCGCUGUAAAGCCAGAGUGAGGCAGGAGCCCAAAGGUGCAGCUAAGGACGCAAGAUCAUGCCGGAGUCCCAAUCGCUACUCUGCUUUCUGUGCGGCGUCUGGCAAGCAUAGGGUGAGGCCAUCAUCUGCUUUACAGGUUUUUCAAUAUACGGGGCUUAAACACCCGAGUCCCCAAGCCGUGUCCGCGUCCUUCCUUCUGCUGGCCUGUGAAGGGGAGGGGCGCCGUAUCUGUGUGUGUCUGAGCCAUUCAGUCCUGUUCACCUUCCUCUCUUGCCCGAGAAUUUGGCAAAUUCUGCCCCCGACUCCUGGGCCCUACCCUGGGGGUUAUGCCCCAGUGGCUCCCUUGGUCUGUGUGGCUUCUGGGCCAGGAACCUUUUCAGGGGGACCUUCAAAGCCACCCAGAUGUCCCUUCCAAGCCCUGUGCUCUGUCUUGGGUGUAUCACUUCUGGCCUCAGUACUGCCCACCCAACAGAGAGGCGGGAGCUGCCUACCCGGGGCCCUGAGGGACACUGAGGUCUCAAUAUUCUCCGUUGGUCUCCCUAAACCACCUAUAAAUGAAGGACUCUGGCCCAGUGAUAGGAAUCCUUAUCUCCCCACCAUCCUGAGGAUAAACAAUGGCUUGCUCAGCUCAGUCAAUUAAAUCGAAGACCUGUGACUGAGUUUUGUGGUUUUAGGGGUCCCUGGGAAACCACAAAAGUUCUGACAGACAGCUCUAUACUAAGAAGCCGCAGGUGCCUGCCACAUGGCCUCCCUGGCACUGGUGCCCCACCCUGUGCAUGCGGGUCCCCUCGCUAAAGCUCGAGGUCAGCGUCAGCUAUGAAAUGUGGCUGGGAAGACAGACCAGCCAGGGACUCUGAUGCCACCCUGAGCACAGUUCAGACUCUACCCUUGCGGUCGGGGAAGGCUGUGGGUAGCACUAAUCGCUCUCAAGCUUGUUCUCCACCCUCGCCCUCUGAGGGAAGGCCAUUGUGGCUACAAGCAAGACGACGAGUAAGGCCUGGGCGAGGCCUAGCGCUAUAAAGCCAGGACCCAAGAGGGAGAGCUGGAUCCACCUCCAUGUACAGAUGAAGAAGAGGCCCAGGCCGCUGGCCAGCAGCACAGAGGAUGUGGCCAGGAAGCCUACGCCCAGCUGCCACUCCCCCUUGCUACGUUUGCACUGGGCCAGGAGGAGAGGCAGGGGUGCAAAGAGGGCGAGGACCAGGGCUCCAUACACGCCAAGCCUGGCCAAGGCCAGGCCAGCCUGGGGCAACUGCAGUGCCUCCAGCUCCUGGAACCGGUAACACUGGAGGGAGCUGGUGACCUCGUUCCACAGGCAGAAGUUGUAGAAGCCGAUUCUCAUGUCUGGCAAGUCAAUGAGGUUGCCGGCCUUCCAGAGGAGAGCGUAGAACAGCAGGGAGAUGACCGUGAUCAUGAGGGCCAGGAUGCCCAGGAACAGCAGGUGGCGGCACCACCGCAGCCAUGGGGUGACCAUUUUCUCCUGUGCUUUGCGGGCCUGUCCUCCGUGAACCUGAAGGGAAGCCACACCAUGAGUAUCCACCUUGCCCAGUUUCUUCACAAACUCAUGACCUCCUUUCUGGAAUUCCAGGAGAACCCCUCUCCUCCACCAUCCCCAGGCACAGAGCUCAGGAGGCCCACAGCCAGGACACCUUGAUAAGCCGGCAGCUGAGUUAGGCGGGAAGGCUCUCCCGUGCAGCUCUGCGGGCCUGACCACCUUGCUGGGUGCCCUUGGGCCAAAGGCUUUGCUGCAACGCAACACCAUAACCAUUAGAAACAACUGGGGGUGGGGUUCUCGGCUCUCCACGGAGGGUGUAUUGGACAGUGAGGGAGAAGGGGGGCUGUUAUUGGGGACCUGAGGGAGGAUGGGGCGCUGGCAGGCUGGUGGACCCCAGCUCUCUGGGCAGCUGUCACUAGGCCACCUGAGGAGCUGUGGGGAGAAUCCUCCCGGGGCUGCAGACCCGACAGACCCCAGCCCCUGAGUUUGGGCCACGCCUACCCCCUCACCACCCUGCUGGGGAGUCCCGUGGGCUCAGGUUGUCACCCUGGGGUGAAAUCACAUCACAAGGACUCAUGCCUUUUAAAACGUCUACACUUCCCCCCCUGACAACAGUGAUUUGUUAACUAUAGAAAUACCAGAAGCUUUUUAUAAGGGGAAAAACAUGUCCAACAGCCUUUUAUCCCACCACCUACAUAGAACUGCUGUUCAUCUCCCACCAUUAGCCUCUCCCUAGGUGCGGAUGUGUUUUUCAAUAAUCAGACCAUAGAACAGAAGCCUUUUCUCAGUGAAUAUUGUGAACAUUUUGCAAAGCUGUUCAAUAUUCUUCCAGAGCAGGGUGAAUGACUGCACGUCACAGGCCUGCAUCACCCUGGUGUUGGCAAAUCCAGGGAGAGGACUGUAUGGCAAUGCCUUGCAAUCUGAUUUUUCCUGAAGCUAAGUACCUAAACGUGCGAUCAUCAGAUCAAAGGCAGAACUGCAUAUUGCCAAACAUCUACAGAAAAUCUGUUAACAGUAGUCCCUCAAGUAGUAUAGAGUAUUUAUCUUCCU